AUUACACGAAUUCAAAAUGUAAAUGUUAAAAUUCGCUGCUGUUGUGUGCCAUACACGCUGGGUGCAAUCAGUUGUUCAAGUAUUCCCUUGCAGUUAUGAAACACUAAAAAAAAGUCAAGUGUUCAAUGUGUUGGCUCACCGUUAAUUCUUACUCUUCAUACGAAUAUAUUUUUGAACCCAAUCCACAGACUACAGCCCAGGUCCCCAAAGUGGGGUACGCCAACUGUCAUGGGGGAUACGUGAAUAAAAAUCACACAAUUUAGCGCCUAACCCUCACAAUUACGAGUGCACCUGAAAGUCUCACAGAGCAAAUCCAACAGUCAGAAGGAGGGAGACGAAGCUUUAACUUCUUCAUUGUUCCGUGUGAGUUAUAUGAACAAGUAAGUACAUUUGAUGAUUAUUUGUGCAUUUAAAGUGUUUUAUCUUCAAGUUAUCAUUUAUGUUGGUAUUCCACUGUGAAAAUGUCAAUGUAUGUGCGUGUCAGGAUGAGAGUUCCCCCGAAAAUGAACUGUAUUGUUGUACUUUGGGUACUGCCUAUCAUCUGUGUUAAAAUGUGCCUCAAAGUAAUAUUAAACUGUAGCGAUUACAAGUGGACAAAAGUGAAGCUCGUUCGAACCAUACAAACUAAAUUAUUCCAACAUCGGACUGAAAUCAAAUAUAUGGCAACACUCUUAGCUCAGCACAAACACCAGACCAGAGCCUAGCUAGGUGCUAACACGGGCGACUGUCAUGGCCUCGUCAAACUAACUUCCUGCCAACUCCAACAUGGGGCUCUCAUACGUCACUUCCUGUCCGCCCUCUUUUUACCUCCCCUAACCCCAGAACAUAUCUUUUCAUGGUAAGACAUGUAAAAGCACAACACAUAACACCACUAAGGGUCCUAGCAAUAUGUUGGAUGAUUUCUUAUCUAUUUAUAAGGACUCGUGUAAACCUUUUAACAAUAUUUCACCAUGCGAUUUACACAUUUAUGAACCACAGUUAUUGUAUGUAUUUACUAUAGAAUCAAUUAGCCAAUUAAUCGUGUUCGGUACGUGGCUUCAAGUCAAAUGUCUGAAGGGGUACGCCACUGAAAAGUUUGGGAACCAACCACUGGACUACAGCAGGAAGAUGGGGCACGGAGGCAAGAUUGUGGGGAAGUGUUUAAGCCUGAGCCACGGGGAGCCGCUUCAGAGCCGACGGAGGGCAGAUAAUCCUGCGGUUUGGGUGAGAGGAUUACAAAGCUACAGGCAGACCUCUGCUAUCCAUCCCUACUGUGGGGCACCUCACGCAGGUCACCCCCGAACAAGCUGGCAGCCGUUCACUUGGUCGGGUUUUGGGGAGGACAAACUGCCUUUUUUGGAUCUGAUAACAGGCUGCUUAUCUGGGAGUUGGAGCCACAAGGAAGGAGCAGCUGAUGGGUCCAGCACUUCUUCAUGUCAUGUAGACAUAGAGACAUAUAGACAUAUAGACGCCGCUUUCAUUUCACUUUUUUUCCUCCUUCCUGUCUUCAACUUGGGCCAGGAGGAACAUCACCUGGGUGGGAAGAAGCCCCCGACAAACUUCCAUCUCCGGCCAAAGUGCGCUGAUUAAAGAUGCUCGGCGCUGAGGUGGAGACUUCCUCGGCGGAGGAGCGGCGCAAAUCCCCGCCGGCAGGGGCCGAAGAGCCGGCCUCGGGCGGCCGGUACGCGGAGCAUUACUUCCUGGGCGCCGCGGCACCCAAAGCCGCCACGGACACCGCCGCCCCCUGCUCCUUCGUCCCCUACACCCCCGGCGGGACCGUCUACAGCCCGUCCGGCGCAGCCAGGUACCCGGCCCCCCUUCACCUGAGCUCCGUGGGGUUCCCUCCAGCCGCGGGCCCGCGGAGUCACUUCAGCCCGGCCUACCAGAUCGGCCAGAGUCCCGGCUGCCUCUACCCGCCUUACAGCGGCUCGGGCCCGGCUCUCGGCAACAUCGCCAUCCCCGCCAACGGGCCGGCCAUGAGGGCCCAGGUCUACCUGUGCAACCGGCCUCUCUGGCUCAAGUUCCACCGGCACCAGACCGAGAUGAUCAUCACCAAGCAGGGCCGGCGGAUGUUCCCCUUUCUGAGUUUCAACAUAGCAGGUUUGAACCUGACCGCACACUACAAUGUCUUUGUGGAGGUGGCCCUGGCAGACCCCAAUCACUGGAGGUUCCAGGGGGGCAAGUGGGUCACCUGUGGGAAAGCAGACAACAGCAGUCAGGGGAACAAAAUGUACAUCCACCCAGAAUCCCCAAACACGGGGGCCCACUGGAUGAGACAAGAAAUCUCCUUCAGCAAACUCAAACUCACCAACAACAAAGGGACCAGUCACAAUAUUUCACUGAUGAUAGUCCUGCAGUCGUUGCACAAGUACCAACCCAGGCUGCACAUUGUGGAGGUGACGGAGGAGAGCGUGGAGGACAUCAGCGCUGAUCCCAAAACUCAGAGCUUCACGUUUCCAGAGACCCAGUUCAUAGCCGUGACUGCCUACCAGAACACCGAUAUAACGCAGCUGAAAAUCGAUCACAAUCCAUUUGCCAAAGGAUUCAGAGAUAAUUAUGAUUCGAUGUACACCGCUCCAGACAAUGACCGCCUCACCCCUUCUCCAACCGACUCCCCCCGUGCCCACCAGAUUGUGCCCAGCGCUCGGUACGCCAUGCAGCCCCUCUUCCAGGACCAGUUUGUCAACAACUUUCCCCAGAGCCGUUUCUACAACAGCGAGAGAGCCGUCCCUCAGACCAGCAGCCUCCUCUCGCCUCAGUCAGACGACGGCGCCUCCCAGAGAUGGUUCGUCACAUCCAUGCAGCAGGGGACUGGCAGCAGCACCAGUCACAAGCUGGACCUGACGCCUUAUGACGGGGAAUACUCCAGCACGCUGCUACCUUACGGCAUCAAAUCCCUGUCCAUGCAAACAUCUCACGCUCUCAGCUACUACCCGGACUCGCCUUUCAACAACAUGUCAGCCGGGUGGGGCUCCAGGGUGGCGUACCAGAGAAAGGUGACCCCGAGUCUGCCUUGGUCUCCAAGGCCGAGUCCCACGGCUGGUUUUCCAGAACACUCAGACAAAGUGAAACCCCAUUUAGAAGACGAGGUGAACGGUGGAGGCCUGAUAUCUUCCUGGGCGGAGACACAGCCGUCUUCUCUCUCUCUCGACAAGGCUGAUUCCUACACAUCGGCCUGCAAGCGAAGGCGUGUGUCUCUUAACGGGCCCGGCACAGAGGACUCACCCGCUGACAUCAAAUGUGAGGACAUGGUCUCGGUUGCCAGUAGCUCCUACAGCAAGGAGGCUCCUUCAUCCAAAGGAAUGGCAGCCUACUAUUCCUUUUACACAAAUCAUUGAGCAUAUUGUCUCCCCCCGUACAGGAUAUGCUUUUUUCAUGCACACACUCAAUAUGUCUCGGUCGUGCUACAUGUUUUCUAUGUUUAUGGUGGCAAACGGAAUAUCAAGAACACAUUAUUUAUUAAUUUAAACACAGAAAGUCAGUAGAAAGAGAAUUAUGACAAUAGUGAAAUGUGUAUUUUUCCUGAAUUUAGGGCUAUUUGACCACAGAGGGAUAUGACUUUGGACUUUUGACAGUUUCACAGCAUUUAAGUUCGGUCCAUGUAUUUAACGAUGUAAGUUUCAUUCUGCAUACAUUGCAGAAUCUGCCUUUGCACUGACGUUUCCUGUUUACAAAUUAUUUAUUGUGAAACUAGUGCACUGUGAAUGUGAGGAAAUUAUGCUGCAUAUACAUUGGUUGCAAUGUUCACAUGUUUGAUAUUAAAAAAUGUGCUGUAUGAGUGCUGAUUUAAAACAAUAUUUUACUAUUUGAUUUCCACACACUUGAUAAAAUAUGAUUUAUUGUCUUUUAGAUGAGUUUGACCACAGUUAACAAGUGUGACUGUCGUUGGGAAUAACAUGUAUAGGUUUGGUGGAUUC